CUGCUCCAUCAUUGAUCAUUGAUCUCCCAUCUCCCCGUUCAGGCGAUGCUGCUCGGAUUGCGCAUCUCUGGCGAUUGAUUCGGGCUUGAUUCUUGUCGUCUCACCUGGCUGCACGCUGGCCCGCUGGCUCUACCAGACUCCCACCACUAACUACCCAUCCACCCUAUCCCGCAUAUACCACCCUGGUGACGUGACAAGAAUCCAACCGAUCAUUGGUGUCCAUUAUCAGACCUAUCAUCGCCGCUAAUUCGACCAUCACCCCGCUGCUGGAGGGAAUACGUGGACUCGACUAGAAGUCGUUCGUCGAUAUGACCCCCGCCAGAGGAAGAGGUCCUAGCCAAAGGAGUCCCCAUGUCCUGGUGACUGACUCCCGGGACCAACAAAUGUCCGCUCAGCCUCGUCGUCGCCGUUCCCCCUCGACCCGCUUCAUUACUGUUGAUAAUGUCCUUCAAUACACCUCGGAUGUUCCGUCGAUGCAGCAGCGCCAUCCACCCCAGGGUGUCCGCGCUCGCCCGCGCUCCCGUCUCGCCUCCGCGGCCGGUGGGUUAAUCGGCGCUGGCGGUGCUGGCGCCUCCAGCGGCGGUGUCAGUGCUGUCAGCACAGGAGCGACAAUGGGACGUCUUGCCGCUCAGCCGCGUUUACCUCCCCGGACGACCAAAGUGAGCGAGAAGCUUGUCCUGCUGCCCGAAGCAGACGAUCAGUUGCGCGAGGACGAGGACGAGGAAGAAGACGAGGACGCGGUGGAUGAGGAGUUUGUGCAGAAGCUCGCGAAGGACAAGAACCUUGAUCCGGAUUCGGUCCGACAGACAUUACUGGCGCAGAAGAAGCUGGACGGAGACUUUGGUGUUGAUAAUGAUAUUGCGCCUUUGUUGGCGGACGAGGAGCUGCUGCGUCGUCGGAAGGUCGCCCCGGAGAAGGCGAAGAGUUACGCGGAGAGAUUGCCCAAGGCUCGUCGUGCGGAGAAACUGGCGCGCGUGACGGCGUACUGCACGGCCCAGGCUUAUAAGAUGAGCUCGUUGGCGUCGUUUGUCAAGGACAGACAUGGUGGACGGACUAAGCUUUAUGAUGAUUGUUUGUAUACGGCGUAUCAUCUACCCUUGUUGCCGGGUCAUGAGGGGUACAGACUCAGGAGUAGUCCGGUGGUGAAGAAGCCUGGGGGUAAGUCGAUCCUUGAUGAGGAGAUUGAGCGGAAUGAGCUGCGUGACCAUCAUGAAGAUUAUAUGGUCGAGGUGGAUGAGCAUUCGGUCUUCGGGGGUCGGCAUGAGCAUGGCUCGUCGCAACAUGUGGACGGUGGGAUUCAUCAGCCUGUCCAUGAAGACCAAGCCGAGGCCGGCGUGAGGGAACAGCCUGUUCAAGGUUCCAAUAUUGCGCACGAUGCGCCGAUUGCUACACCGCCGUCUACAAGACUGUCUUAUAACGUGGCGGAGAUGUUCGUCUUCAGUUACGGCGUGGUCGUGUUCUGGAAUUUCUCCGAAAAGCAAGAAAAGGAUCUCCUGGCCGACCUGGCAUUUGCGACUUCUUCCGCGACAGGAACCCCAAUGCCAUUGGCUACUAUGCCUCUGCAGGAGGAAGACUUUGAGACGGAAGAAUUCCAUUUCGAGUACUCCACUGAGAUCUCACGCCCGCGUGUCUACAACGACAUGAUCACGCUGCGGAGCGGUGACCACAUGAUCAAACUGGCCAUCAGUCAUGGCAUCGCGCAGAGCACGAAACUCUGCUUUUUCGAGGAAGUCAUGGCCCGACAAAUGGCCGAGGCCAAGGACGUUCCUCGCCGACUUGCCAUGACGGGAAACCUCGGCAUGAAGCGGGAUGAAGUGUUUCGCAUCCUGGGCAGUUUAUUCAAGAGCAGAGUCGAGGUCAACCUGUCAUCUAACAUGCUCGACGUCCCCAACUUCUUCUGGGAGAGCGAACCAACCCUCUACCCGCUCUACAUCGCCGUCCGCGAAUACCUCGAGAUCAAGCCCCGGAUCCAAGUCCUCAACGAGCGCUGUCGCGUCUUCCUCGACCUUGCUGAGAUCCUCUCCGACUCCAUAGCAGAUAACAAAACCUCUCACCAAACCUGGAUCAUCAUCGUCCUCAUUAUCAUCUCCAUCCUCGUAACCACCUCCGAAGUCUUCCUCCGGUUCGGCCUCCUCUCCGCCCGCGAAGGCGGCGCCUCAACAACCACCUCAUUCGCCGCGACCCUCCUCUCGCGAGCCUUCGGCAGCAGUCCCGCCCCUGUCUGCUCCUGUCCGGCCACCGUCCCAGGCAGCAGCGGACUGUUGAACGCGACUGAUCUGGGAACUCCCUAUUGAUCAUACCUACAUACGUACCUACCUUACCUAUCUAGCACCCUACCUACCUAAUACAUUCAACAUAAACACACAAACACACAAACAUCUUUAACCUUCAAUUCUUUCCCUCCCUAACUUACCGUUUCUACCUUUCUUUCCC